AAAACAUAAGGAGAGUAAUAUUCGACUAAAAUACACAAUAUUCUACAGUUUCAUGAUUCCAACAGCGAGUCGAUUACGAUUAGACUUCAUCUAAUUCGAUCGACUACGUUAUGACAGUUCGCAGUAGUAUCGAAACGUAUACACUAGUUGUAAACAUCGGGAUGUCAAAAAUUACGAUAAUAUUGAUAUUACUAACAAACAAACAACUAAAAAAGACUCGUCGCGUGUGUAAUUACUUUAGUUUUUAUUUAUUAAUACAAUGAAGCUCAAAAGAUCAACAACAUCGGCGUAAAAUCAAAGUGAAACUUGGCAUAACCUAAAAAUUUUGUGUAAGUUUGUGUGAAUAUUUCGUGUUUUGUGAAUUAUUUCUAGUGUAUUGUGUUCAAAAUGCAAGUGAAUCUGUUAUUGUGAUGCUGUGAUGUGUUAGUGAUGCCCAAAAAAUGGAUUGCCAGUGAGUAGCGGACCUGCUUUGUACAAAUCCAGUGCCUACCAGGAAAAGGCUACAUUAUCCAAUAAGACAGACACAUCUAUUGUAAAGAUGUCCGACAUGUCCAUAAGAAGGGUGCCAUUUAAUGGACCAAUUUUUCUACCAAGCAGAAAAGGUAAAAAUAAUCUGCUACUAUACAACAGCCAUACAUACAGCCGUGGAGUUCUCGGAAAUUACUACUGCUCCAAGAGAACCGUGAUGAAGUGUAAAGCAAAGGUGAAAUUGGAUGAGAUUAAUAAUAUCAUACUCGUUGAAGAGGGAAUUCAUAACCACGAACCGCCAGUAUUUCACAUUAGCAACAACGGGGAGUAUGUACCUAUCAAGUAAAAUUUAUGACAUUGUGUAUUUUAAAAUGAGUCGUACAGCCGAUACAUUUAACUGAGCAUUUGUACUGUGUAAAUGCGUAAAGGUACCUAUUAAGGCUCAGUUUCAUUGGUCGAUAUAUUGGCCGCAUGCGGGGUAUGGGAUAUUACAAUAACCCAUGCCAUAGGUCAGCUUUUGGGGACUCGUUUUCUUUCAUUGAUCGAUAGGGCCCGCAUGCCGCAUGGGGAGAUUAGCAUAACGUAUUCCAUUCCAUUAUAAGUUCCAUUAGUCGUUAUGCUGUUAUACCACUUGCGGUAUAUUGGCAGAGUUAUCGACUAGUGAAACUGAGCCUUUAUAGUAGAAAAAGAUGUGAUACCAAUGAGUGAGUAGUUGUGUCGCUGUUGGUGUAGUCUAUAAUGUUUGUACCUACCUGUAAAUACUAUAGUAUUAACUGAAAUUUUAUAUAUUUUUGAUUACAAAAAGUUACUUAUGAGUUUUUCUACCAUCAUUGCAACUGGUUCUGUAUUGAAAUAUAGCUCCCUGACUAUAUCUCUUCACUAAAAACCCCUUAUCUUUUAGGGCCUAUGUUUUUGACGACUAGAAAAAGCAGGAGGAUUCUCCUGUACCAAGGAUUCACAUACAGCCGCGUCAACCCAGGACAAUACUGCUGUUCCAGACGCCUCGUGCUUAAGUGUAAAGCGAAAAUUAAAUUGGAUGAAAUUAAUACUGUAAUACUUGAUGAAGAGUUAACACAUAACCAUGAACCACCUAUGUUUCAUAUUAGCAAAGAUAGAGAGUAUAUACCCAUCACCUAAUUUUUUGCAUAUUCUUUGUAAAAAAAUUGUGUGUAUGACAGUAUUCUGUUCUAGAUCUAGUUUUAGAGAAGUUGUAUAAAGGCCAUAUUAUAUGCAUUACUUAAGAUUUGUUUGUUUGUAACUUAAUUCUUUGGGAAACGGCCGCUUUAACAUAGAGAGGCCAUAUUAUAUAAGUUGUACAAAGGCCAGGUCACAGCUGCGUCACUAUUUCCUGGGCCUGCAGACAGAGACAUGCUGCAUACGAAUAAGAGUGUGCAGUGUGUACUGUCCUCAAGCAAGACACUUAGCUGAACAUUUGAAUACAUGAUUUUUUAAUGUUCAGUUAAGUGCCUUGGUUAACUAAUUUUUGAUACUCGCUCCAGAUAAAAUCUUAACGGCGUAAACAAGUUAAAUUUGAUUGUAACCAUAACGUUCAUCAAUCGAUAGUUAAGUGUUUCGCUCUGACUUUAGUUUUAACUAAAACCUACGAAAUAGUAGGAAUUGUAAAUAUCCAUAAUUACAAAACGACAGCAAACAAUACCUCUAUGCUUCUUUCUGACAUCCUUGAUGUGCAUGUAAAUUGAAGUGCCUGACAUAUUCCGCAUUCACUACAACUGUGGGUAGAUCUGAUAUUUGUAAUAUAUGCAUGUGGGUAAAUAAAUUCAGUACGAGUCUGUCUCAGCCCGAACUUGGUCUUUGAUUCAUAUCCUUAACCUGGCGCAGCCGGUAGGAUACAAACCUACGCCCCCAAAGGGAAUCUGAUUUCAAAUCUUACCUUGAGUCCAUGAUUAAAGUUCACACAAUUACUUUCACAAAUUGUCACCAAAUCGUUAUCUUGUACAGCACGUAUACAAGCAGUUAAACAGUGAACCGUAAAAUACAAUUAAUUCAAACAUUUUUGGAUAUAGAUUAUUUUAUUUCAGUUGAACCUUUGUUUUGUUUUAUGAUAUAACAUUUUCUACAACACAAAUGUCGAAUAGCCAUAAGCUGUUGAAAAUUGCAAGCCUCAAAAAUGCCUACAAUUAACAUUAAUAUUUGCGAGUGAGAUUACGCGUCAAAAGUAUUUACCUUUCUCUACUAGCUUCACAGGCAAAUCAGCGUGAAAAUUUAAAGCUAAAAUGUAGUUAGACGAAAUUAAAUGUAUGAUACUUGAUGCAGAUGAAAUUCAUAAUCCGCCAAACAUGUAUGUAAGCAAAACUGGAGAGUACAUACCUUUUAAGUAACAUGGGCUAAUAAUGUAAGAUUUUUUGUAAUUUUCAAAAACGAUAUUUGAAAUAAAAUGUAAGGUUGGACAUCAGUACCAGGUACUUAUUGCUGCGUUUUGAAGCAUCAUAUUAUGAUAUAUGUCAUUGUAAGAUUAGCACAUGCUUGUUAAGUAUAGGCUGAUUUAUUAAAGAAUUCACACAUGCAGCCGUCACAUUCAUGGCGCGUACUGAUGCUCCAAGAAUAUUUUUUCGAUGCGACUAGCCCAGGACCCGGAUAAGUGGCGUACACAAAGAGAGGCCUAUGCUCAGCAGUGGGCGACUGGAGGCUAAAAAUGAUGAUGAUGAUUUUGAUUUUACAUUCGCCACAUUCUGGCGUAUAUAUCUCUAAGAAUGAUUUUUCAGACUUAGACAUUGUAUUGUAUACUUCAAACGUUUUUUUGUCAUAGGACCCAUCUUUGUACCGACUAGAAGAGGUCAUAGCCUAUUAUUUUUAAACGGCCACACAUACAGCCGUCAAAUUCCUGGCUUAUACUGCUGCUCGAAGAGGCGCGUGGGAAAAUGUAAAGCGAGAGUGAAAUUGAAUGAGGACAGUAAUGUGAUAGUAGGCAUGCGAGACGUCCACAAUCAUGAAGUUCCAGAACUGAACCUAGUGAAAACUAAAGACGGAAAAUAUGUUCUUGUUAAAUAGUAUUGUAUAAAAUCAUAUUUUGUCACGUUGGAUUAUAUAUAUGUCUUAAAUUAGAAAGCGUACCCAAAACGACAGCAGUUUGUAAAAUAAAAAAUUUAAUAGAAUCGGACCAAGCUGCAUUGCAUGGCAUUUUAUUGCAAAUGUGCGGCAAUAAAACAUUCCAUGCCACUACACACUUUGUUCUGUUCAAGACCGACUUGUAAGUUAGCUUAAAUCCUUAAAUGGACUGGUAUGUACUGUUUAAUUUAUUCAUUAUUUUGGGAGAUAUUUUUUAUUAAUACAUUGUUUUUAAUAAAAUUGAAUAUUUUUUACGAAUUUGUAUCUCAAGUACAUAAAGAACAACUACCACCGACCACGCUAACUUUGCACAAAUUUGGCAGUAGGAAUGCAUACAUAUUCCUAUAAUGGUAGGGCCGCCCAAUAAGGGAUUUUUUAGUGACUCGACCGUGUCAGAUAUAUGAGUGAUAUUUUGUUAAUCUGACGGAUAAUGUAUUUCGAACUUGUAACUGUCAGAUUAAGAGAAUGCGUACAAAUAAUUGUCAUAUUAAGUAUUAGCACAAUUAUAUCAUCAUCGUGGACCAAGCUAACCAAAGACCACAAUCUACUUAACGAUUUUUUUUACUGUCAUCAUCCCCUCACCAAUUUACCAAUAUAAACGGCUAAAAGUGAUAUCACUCAUAUGUUAAUCUGACACGCUCGAGUAACUACGAAAAUCCCAUCUUGAGCUCUGUUAGCCAUAAGCUCUAUACUUGACGUAGCACUUGGUCUGCAUGAUCCGACUUUAAUCCAUUGUGAUUUUAGCGUACAGUACGAUAAAAAAGUAUUAUACAUUGCUGUAAAUAAAAUAUUUCUACCACACAUUCAAUUCCCUCAAGAAUUAAUAAUCCUUUUUCUCCGUUUCUUAUGAUUUCAUUUUAGAAGCCCAAUUUAUCGCUACACAUAGAGGCAAUCUUCUCCUAGUCAACGGUUACACGUACAGCGUGAAAGGCCGCGGGAACUACUUCUGCUCGAAGAAACAGACUUUAAAAUGUACAUCUAAAGUGAAAUUGGAUGAAAAUAAUCGCAUCAUUUAUUUGCAAGAGACACAUGAGCAUGAACCUCCUAGUAUACAUAAGACCAAAGACGGGAGUUAUAUAUUUCUUUAGUUAUGUUAGUUUAUGUUUUAAGAAAUCAUGAGUGAAACGAGCGACGAGGAAGGACUUUUACCCACUGAUGAAUUAAGAGGAACAGCGAAGGACCCCGAAUUAACUUUCCUCCCGGAAAAAUCUCGGGAUAAAUAUUUAAAAGCGUACGACAACUUCAACAAAUGGCGACUUGAAAAUAGUGAAAACACUAUGUCGGAAACUGUGCUAUUGUCGUAUUUCAUGCAUUUGUCUCACACGAAGCAACCACCGACAAUGUGGAGUAUUUACUCCAUGCUGAAAGCCACGAUAAAAACCAAGGAUGACGUGCAUAUUGAGGAUUAUAAAGAGCUCGUAACAUUUUUGAAGGGAAUGUCAGUGGGACACAAUCCGAAAAAGUCCAAAAUAUUUACACCAUCUGACAUUGAUAAAUUUAUAAAUGAAGCUCCGGAUAUCAUAUAUCUUGGUGCAAAAGUCAUACUCAUAUUGGGAAUAAACGGAGGAUGCCGUACGAACGAACUCCUGAACCUUACCGUCGAUGGGAUCGAAAAACAUUCAGAAACACUGUUAUUAAUAAAAUUACCAAAGACAAGUAAUAACAGAUCCUUUGUCGUUCGUGAGGAAUACGUACAGAUCGUCGAGCAGUAUAAAUCUUUACGGCCACCCAAUACAAAGACUGACCGAUUCUUCUUGCAGUAUCACAAGGGCAAGUGCUCAAGACAGCCAAUGGGUGUUAAUAAGAUAGGCGGGAUACCGAGGGAUAUCGCAACGUAUUUGAAACUUCCAGACCCUCAGCUUUACACUGGCCAUUGUUUUAAGCGAACAUCGGCCACGCUUUUGGCGGAUUCGGGGGCAGAUCUCACUUUAUUAAAACGACAGGGUGAUACCCAUCCGGGGACAUCUAGAGAGACAAACGUUGAACGUCAAUCUAUGUCAAAAAUCUGGGUUUGUAUUGAUCCUCCAAAAACUUAAUUUUCGGUUAUGUUCGCGAAUAAAGGCAACAGUCGGAUGAUGACUGUAUUUCUGUUGCAGCGUUGGCGAUGUUAUUUAAAAUUUCCUUGAUAAAACGACUUACAAGUCGUAAAGAUAACUUUAGACAAUGAAAGCUUUCAAUAAAAAUAACCAGUAGGUUACAAUAUAUAUUGUCGAUGCAUAUGGAAAUUAAAUUUGAGUAGAUGUUAUAGAAAUUUGAUGAUCUGUGUAUUGUAUAAACAUAUGUCUACGCCAAGAACGAUACAGUUUUUCGUAUAAAGAACUCUUCUUCGCAGAUUCCGUUUUAGGCAGUGAGUUGUUGUGCUAAGUUGUGGGCUGUUUGGUUAUUAUUUCAAGAAUUUAUUACUUUUCUUUCUACAUUGUGUCAAUAGUUUUUUCACCAAACCAGUUAGUAACAGAAGUUGAAAUGUACAUCUAAAGUGUGAUUUGAUGAAAAAAAAGCAUAAUUUAUUUAAAAGAAACGCCUAACAUUACACCAGACCAAAGACGGGAGUUAUAUAUUUCUGUGGGUUAUUACGUUACGUAAUUACGUUAAGUAGGAGUAUAACAAUUCCGUAAAAUAAUGGAUCCUGCAAUUAGGAUAUUGCUCUUUUAACUACUGAGAUUUAAUUGUUCUUAUUGUUGCAAUACUUCUUACUAAAACUUCUUACUUCUUAUUACAUACACAGACAGUUUAUGAUAGUAUAUGCUUUGGAAGUUUAAAGCAGUUGAUUCCUACUUAAAUCCGCAUAUUAGAUAGAUAUUUCGCACGGGUAUUUUUUAUUUCUUCAUAGCAAGUCGUUAUAAUGUCACCUUUGCCUCAAUUGUUCUGUUACAUGAUUUAUCAUCUAUAAUAAAAAUGAUAAAUAAUAAAUAUUUAUACUGCCAA